AAAAAACACAUUCUAAAUGGCACACACUACGAGACUGCUCGCAACAACUGCCAAUUUCCUAAAGAGUACUUCUAAUUAUCCCUUAUUGAUGGCUGUGAGACCUUCUAGUUCAUGGUGGUCUCAUGUAGAGAUGGGACCACCAGAUGCCAUUCUUGGAGUCACUGAAGCAUAUAAGAGAGAUCAAAAUUCGAAGAAAAUUAAUUUAGGCGCCGGUGCUUAUAGGGAUGACAAUGGCAAACCAUACGUUCUUCCCAGUGUUCGUAAGGCAGAAGAAAAGAUUCGAAUUAAAGAAAUGGACAAGGAAUACUCAGCCAUCUCUGGUAAUGCUGAGUUUUGCCAGCACAGUAUUAAUCUUGCUCUUGGAGAUAACAAUGAAGUCGUUUCAAAUGGACUGAACGCAACAGUUCAAGGAAUCUCUGGCACUGGUUCCCUGUUUAUUGGAGCACAAUUUUUGUCUCAUCACUUUCCAGGCAACAAGGAAAUUUAUCUGCCAACUCCUUCGUGGGGAAAUCAUAAUCCUCUGUUCAGGCUUGCUGGGCUUACAGUCAAGUCGUACCGCUAUUAUGAUCCAAACACUUGUGGCUUGGACUUCAAAGGAGUAGUUGAAGACAUAUCUAAUAUUCCCGAGAGAUCGAUUAUCCUUCUGCAUGCAUGUGCUCACAAUCCCACCGGUGUUGAUCCUAAGCCAGAGCAGUGGGCAGAGCUGUCUGCCUUAAUCAAGAAAAAGAACCUGUUUCCGUACUUUGAUAUGGCGUAUCAAGGUUUUGCCUCAGGAGAUCUUACGAGAGACGCUUUUGCGGUCAGACUGUUCAUUAAAGAAGGUCAUAAGAUUGCCUUAGCUCAAUCCUAUGCAAAAAAUAUGGGCCUCUAUGGCGAACGUGUCGGAGCGUUCACGUUGGUGGCGUCGAGCAAGGAAGAGGCUGCACGCACCUUGUCGCAGCUGAAGAUCCUGAUUAGGCCGAUGUACUCGAAUCCACCAAUCUACGGAGCUCGCAUAGUUAAUGAGAUUCUUAAUGAUCCAGUGUUGCGAAAGGAAUGGCUGGGUGAUGUGAAGGGUAUGGCUGACCGUAUCAUCUCGGUUCGCACAAAGCUACGCGAUAAUCUAAAGAAAAAUGGUAGCGCCCGCAAUUGGUCUCACAUCACCGAUCAAAUCGGAAUGUUCUGUUACACCGGCCUGAAGCCGAAUGAGGUAGAAAAACUCACAAAGGACUUCAGCAUUUAUUUGACCAAAGACGGUCGUAUCUCCAUGGCCGGCGUGACGUCGAAGAACGUGGAAUACUUGGCGCACGCGAUACAUGAAGUUACAAAGUAAUCUCCGUCCUCCCGCCGCAAACCCAACGAUUGAACAUUGUUUUAUCGUUCACUCAAAGCCUUGCAAAACUCGAUGGUAAUUGCAACAGUAUAUCUAUUCUAUAGUUCGUGCGCAUAAUGCAAUUGGAUUGAACGGUUGAGUGUAGCGUUUAAUUGAGAUUAUUCGCAAUAUAUCAAUAAAUGAAACCACGCAGCACGGAUAUAAAAGAAAUAUUUAAAGGUUUGGAACAUUACUGUCUAAACUAAGAAAAUAAGAAAUAUAGGCUUGUAGACCAAAGCUGUAAUACGUGUUUAUUUCUAUUUAUCUUUUGUCUUUUUCCGUAUACGUUUACAUCUCGUCGUUCAGACACACAAUUUUGUAAUACAAGUGUACUGAAGAGAA